GGGAAUUUACACUUGUCUCUUACCUCGAAAUUCAUGGCGUCGCGUUUGGUGAUUCCUAGAGCCCGGGUGACUCUGGGAAAUAUUGGGCCGGCCUCUGGGUCAUUGCACCACCAAAAACGUGUCGGAAGAGGCCAAGGCUCGAAUCAUGGAGGAACGGCCGGACGCGGUAACAAUGGUCAGAAGAGUCGUUCUGGUGCAGGUAUCAAGCCAGGAUUUGAGGGCGGUCAGACCCCAAUAACGAGACGAUUCCCAAAAAGAGGCUUUUACAACCAGAAUACCAAAACAUGGGCGGCAAUAAACCUUGAACGACUUCAAUUUUGGAUUGACCAAGGACGAAUAACGUCGACGCCUGAAAAUCCUAUCACUGCAAGGGAGCUGUUGCUGUCGGGCUGCAUACACGAUACCCACGACGGGGUCAAGGUCCUGGGCGAUGGUGCUGAGCAUUUCAAGUCCAAGAUAUACAUUACUCCUUCCCGAGCAUCGAAGACUGCCGUCAAAGCCAUCGAGAAACUGGGAGGCAGCGUGGUGUGCAAGUAUUAUACUCCGCAAUCAUUGAGGGAUUGUCUGAAAGGUCGUACGGAUCGUAUCGAGGCCGCCCCAACACGUCGUAACGAUAUCAUAUGGUACGGGCGAUAUCGAAAUCGUGGGUACAUUGCACCGCAGACGCUGGAUGCUGUCGGAAACCUGCCAUUUGUCGAAGAUAGGUGGAAAGUCCUUGCAAAGGAGCUUGGCGGCUGGAAAGACCAGAGAUUUGACAAGCAGAAAAAAAGAUAGUAUAGUACACCCGCUAAUACAUCAUGAAUCUGUUUCCAUAC